AUGGACAGCCGCAGCGCCGGGGACUUGGUCUCCGACAUCAUCGACUCUGUCAAAAUCUCCACUGGGCAUUUCAAGGCUGUGCGUGGUGACGAAGCCCUCCCAACCGCCUUCCAUGAAGCGGGUCAAGCCCUCACCUUGGUCCUGAAUGCCCUCAGGGCCGCAGAUACGCAACAAGGAAGUCGGUCGCAGUACGCUGCUGCUUCUGCACGCGCGCUCGAGACUUGCAGCAUCGACGCACAGGCCUUGCAAGAUGUGGUUCUGGAGGUUUCCCGGGCGCCAAACAACGCAAGAUACCAACACUACAAAGCUAUCAUGGGAGAACGAGGUAGACAAGAUUUGGUCGAGGUUCUGGUUUCUCGCAUGGCGAGGGAUACUUGUCUUCUGGCCAAGGACGCCGCCAUGGGAGAAACCAUGACGAGCCACGCCUGCCAGCUGCACGAUGCAAUAGAUGCAUUGUCAAAACUGGAUCCUUCCUUGCCCGAUGAGCAGUCUCUUGUCCAGCUGCUCAUGAAACCGGGACCGAGUAGCGUUGACAGGCCGCACAAGGAUGGCCGCACCAUGAUGGCAUGGGCAGCAAUGAACGGGCUUGAGCAAGUCGUCAGGCUACUGCUAGACUUUGACACGACCAAUGUUGACUUCAGGGAUGAACAAGGCCGCACGCCCCUGUCGUGGGCUGCAGCCAGGGGGCACGACCAUGUGGUCGAGCUUCUGCUCAACUCAAACAAGGCUAAUGCGAACUCACGCGACACGGGAGGACGCACGCCGCUAUCAUGGGCAGCGUAUCAAGGCCACGAAUCGGUCGUCCAGCUUCUGUUGGACUCGGGAACGGCCAAAGUCAACCUGAAAAAUAUUGUCGGCGACACACCGCUACUAUCAGCCGCCGCGAGGGGCCACGAAUCCGUCGUCAGGCUCCUGCUCAACUCGAGAAACAUCAAGGUCGAUGCACGGGACUCGGCCGGCAUGACGGCACUGUCGUGGGCCGCAUACGAGGGUCACGCGUCCAUCGUUGAGCUUCUCUUGCGCUCCGGACGGGCCAAUCUUGACUCCAAGGAUAACAAUGGCCACACCGCGCUGUCAUCUGCAGCCCAUCAAGGGCACGAGUACAUCUUCAAGCUUCUUCUAGACGCGGGGCCUGCCGCAGCUGAUUUGAGGGACAAGCUUGGUCGCACACCGCUUUCGUGGGCGGCAUUUCAAGGACACGAACCCAUCGUCGAGCGUCUGCUGCAGUCACAGACGGUCGAGUUUGACUCGAGAGACAAUGACGGCCAGACUCCCCUCCUGUUGGCGGCGGCCAAGGGCCAUGAUUUCAUUGUCAGGUUGCUUCUGGCGACAGGAAAAGUCGAAAUCAAUUCUAGGGACCGUACAGGAUGCACGCCGCUGUUGGCUGCUGCUUCGUGUGGUGACGGGCCUACUGUCAGGCUUCUCCUAGAAACGGGAAAGGCGGACAUGGAUUCGACAGAUCACGACGGUUACACGCCCCUGUCGGCAGCAGCAGAGCGGAAACACGAGUCCGUCGUUCAGCUUCUGACAGAAGUUUCGGGGAAACAAGCCAAACAGCUGCGUGCGGGAUAA